GAACCUGCCUCGCUUCUUCACCUUCGUCCCUCCAUUGCCACCAUCCGAAACCGAGGAGGUGCAACCCGGAGGUCUCCCGUAUGGGCGAGGAGAAAGAAGCCGACUCGCCUCAGCCACCAUCCAAGCUGCCACGCCUCUCCGCCGCUGACCCGAAUGCAGGAAUGGUGACCAUGGCGGCACCCCCGCCGCCGGUGGGUCUUGGGCUGGGGCUGGGACUCGGCGGCGACAGCCGUGGCGAGCGUGACGUGGAACCGUCGCCGGCAUCGGCCCCGGCGCAUAAGGCGACGGUGUUGACGUUCAUGCAGCAGCAGGAGCUGGAGCACCAGGUGCUCAUCUACCGCUACUUCGCCGCGGGCGCGCCCGUGCCGGUGCACCUCGUGCUCCCUAUCUGGAAGAGCGUCGCCUCUUCCUCCUUCGGGCCGCACCGCUUCCCUUCCCUGAUGGGUUUGGGGAACCUGUGCUUCGACUACAGGAGCAGCAUGGAGCCGGACCCUGGGCGGUGCAGGCGCACGGACGGCAAGAAGUGGCGGUGCUCGCGCGACGUGGUGCCGGGGCACAAGUACUGCGAGCGGCACGUCCACCGCGGCCGCGGCCGUUCAAGAAAGCCUGUGGAAGCCCCCGCGGCCGCCACCCCGGCGAACAGCGGCGGCGGUGGAAUCGUCUUCUCCCCCACCAGCGUCCUCCUCGCCCACGGCGCCGCACGGGCCACAUGACCUGACUAGAGAGCGCCCGCCCCGUAUGUUUGUCUCAUCGGCGCAUGGGAAAACCCAAAUCCGCAGGGAUUAUGUCAUGUCCUGUAUAACUCUUUUUCUUUUCUCGUCGCAACUUUUGAAGCCAAACAAAUU